GCUUGUAUAAAAAUCUAAGCAUGUCUGGCCAGCAUUUCACGCAGAUGGUUGUGGAUUUCAGCAUGGUUGCAAUAGAUCAUGUUUCAGUCAGUGGAGCAAAAAGGAAAAAAAAACACUACAAGUACUGCGGAUGUUCUUGCUGUGCUGCAGAAUAAAUGACUUCAGCUCUCUGUACAUUGUCCCGGAAGACAUUAGUGGCUGGAAUGACUAGAUGUCACAUGACUUCUCAUCGUCCUGUUUCACUUUGGAAGUUGAUUUGGAGACAGUCCUUCCAGAAGGUGGGUUAAUGAUUGGUUUCUAUUUAAGAAUUCAAACUUUGUAAAAGAAACGUCUGCAUACUUCUCGGUGUCGCACUGAUUACGUUUUAGAUGGACCUGAAGGCAUAUUUCAAGCGGGUCAAUAUGGCAGACCCUGGGCCACCUUCCCUUUCAGCACUGCGGGAGUUACACCGUCAUCACGUCCUUUCAGUGCCAACUGAAAACCUGGAUAUUCACAGUGGGGAAAAAAUAAUCCUGGAAAAAUCAUUGAUCUAUAAGAAGAUUGUAGAAAGAAAGCGCGGCGGGUUCUGUUAUGAGAGCAAUGGUCUUUUCUUGUGGGUUCUGGAAGAACUGGGGUACAAGCCCAAGGUGUUAUCAGGAAGCGUUUGGAACAAAAUCUACGGUGUGUAUGGACCUAAAUUUGAUCAUUUGAUAAUGAUGGUAGAGCUAGAAGGAAAAAAAUGGCUUUGCGAUGUUGGGUUCGGAGAGGGUAUCAUUGACCCAAUUCCACUGGAAGAUGGAUGGGAAGAGGAGCAGGAAAAUGGAGUGUUUCGGUUACGGGUGGAAAGAGAGACAUGGUACUUGGAGAGAAAAGAUGGUGACCUCUGGAGAAGUCUUUUUAAAUUCACCCUUGAAGAAUGGAAGUUCGAAGACUUCAAAGAGAUGUGUGAAUAUCACCAGAUUUCACCAAGUUCCCUAUUUACCUGCAAGUCCCUUUGCUCCCUUCAUCUCCUGGGUGGCAGACUGACAUACAUGGGGCACAGACUAAUAACUACACAAUUUACCAGAGGGGGUGGGUGUGUGAAAACUACCCGAGACCUCUCUGAGGAUGAGAUUCCCGAUGUGCUAAGAGACCGGUUUGGAAUUGUCUUGAAGGGAAAACUUAUACCAAAGGAUGAAGGCAUCAAACCUCCAAACUGAGGCUAAAAGUAAUUGCUUUUAUUUGUACCUUUGGUUGUUCAUAUGGCUGUGACCUAUAAAAUAAAGUAGUGUAUUAUUACAA